AUGGCUCAUUCAUGGGACGAAUGGAAUACUCAAAUAGACGGGCGUGUGGGAACUAGAAACAGUGUGUAUGUGUCAGAGAUUUCACACCCGUCUGUGAGGGGUGCGCUGGGUUCGUGUCCUCAGAUCACAGCUGUCUUUGGAAGUCUAGCACUUUAUGCUUUUGGCUUGGUUUUGCCGUGGAGGUGGCUGGCUGUGGCUGGGGAGAUCCCUGUCGUUAUCAUGAUAAUUUUUCUUUGCUUCAUGCCGACCUCCCCACGUUACCACAUCAUGAAAGGAAACAGAGCAAGAGCAGUUAAAUCGCUAGAAUGGCUCAGAGGCCCCAAUUCUGAUUACUUGACCGAGUUCAAUAAGAUUGAGCGCAGUAUCAAUUCUCAGGGUGUUCAAUGGAGUGAUCUUAAAACACCUUUAUACUAUAAACCCAUUCUAAUCUCACUUGUCAUGAGAUUCCUGCAGCAGAUGACUGGUAUAACCCCAAUUCUGGUAUAUCUGGAGCCCAUCUUCCACAUGACAGCUAUAUCACUGGAACCGAAAUAUGACGCAGCAUUAGUGGGAGCUGUAAGAUUGAUUUCUGUGGCUAUUGCAGCCAGUUUGAUGGACAAAGCAGGUCGAAAAGCUCUACUGUUCACCUCAGGCUUUUUGAUGUAUCUAGCCAUGCUUUCAAUGACCAUGUACACUCAUAAAACACCGUGCAACCAUGGCAAUCUUACUGUAACUGAGGGCUUGAAGAGCACUUAUGGAGGCUUAACAGGCCCUGCCUUCGAUCCAGUAACUCUAAUUCCUCUAAUAAGCGCUAUGGUCAUCAUAUUUGGUUAUGCUAUGGGUUGGGGUCCUAUCACAUGGCUGCUAAUGUCAGAGAUUUUACCUUUGGGUGCACGUGGUGUAGCAUCUGGUUUGUGCGUUGGUGUUAGCUGGAUCACAGCCUUUGUUCUGACACAACUCUUCAUGCAUGUGGUGGAUGCCUAUGGACUCUUUGCACCUUUCCUGUUCUUCUGUGUCGUCUCUGUAGUGAAUAUAAUUUUCACUGCUAAAUGUGUGCCAGAGACUAAAGGCCGGACUCUGGAGGAGAUUGAGAACUUUUUCAGGACUGGCCGAACCUUCACCAUUCUUGAUUCUUGAAAUGUGCAUUUUGGACAAUACUGUGGCACUAUUUAAUCUACAGAGCCACAACAAAAUAAAUUAUGUUUUACUCAAGUUGUGAUUCUGCUGUCUGAGUUGAAUGUGAUGAGAUAAAAUGACUGGGUGGCACCAAAUAAUACACAUUUAUAUAUUGCACUGUCUUUAUGUAUAUUUAGAUAUAUGAGCUACGUAAUGACUUUAUGACUGUUACUCUGAUGUACAUACAUUAAUAUGUCAAAUCUG